UACCCUAUUCCAACUGAUCUGGAAAAUUUAAGCACAAAUCUGAAUCACGCGAUGAUAUCAGUGUUACAAUCACAUGGAUAUUCUUAUAACGUAAUUUCAUAAAAAGAGAAAUGCCGGAGAACGCAUUACCAGAGCCUACGCGGGCCUCUCUAAGUGGCAGUACAUUUGGGCAACGAAGGGAGGACAUUUUUCAAAGGCUUCAGCAAAGCGCCCAACUAACUAGUCAGACCUACAGUGGCAAGCGUGAGUUGGCAACGGAUCAGGAUGAUAACGUGCAAGAGCUGUGCGAGGCUUUGGAGCAAACAUUUAGCUAUGGCUUGCGUCAGCAGCCUGGAGCUAAUACGUUGACAGCGGCGAGUAUUCUGCAGAAUAUGCAUGAAAUUGUGACAGGAGUAAGUGGGAGCAGAAACAACAACAACGAUUCAAGCUUUUGGGACUUUUGCCAGACCCAACUAACACCCCACGAGCGGCAGCGAUACGAACAGUUGAAUCAGAUAUGGACCAAACAGGGGCGUGGACGUGCCUUUAUAAGAGCGUCCCUAAAUGAAAAGCGACUUCAGAAUCAUGUGCUUACCUGGUUAAGUGACGAAGCGUUGUUGCAUCGCUAUUUCACUCCAUGGUCACUGUUGCUAAAUGAGGAAGCUGUUAGAAAACUACCAGAAAUUCUCGACAGCCUAAAAGAUGUACUCUUUGCGCUGAAUGUGGAUACAACCGAACUUAAUGCUCCCAAGCGCAUGCCCUCCAGCGCCCCUGUAAAGGAUGAGCCAAUUAUUUAUGCGCCGAAUCCAGUACCUGUCGCAACGCGCACGCAAAAGCGAACAGUUGGCGCUAUAGAGCGACCCAUUGCGGGCGGUAACUCAACUGAGGACCUAUUGAGUGCCAUCAAUACAAAAGUUGAACAGCUAACAGUCAGCGACAACGCUAUUGAGCAAAGAAUACCAUACACUUCAGCAUAUACUACUCCCUGUGAUCCCAUUGAGCCUGAGCUAGAGUUUCUAAAUACACCUUUGCCGGAAGUUUACCCAGCUAGCGAAGAACAGACAAAGAACUCCGGCGCAGUGGCCAACGACGCCGGCGAUGACGAACUCUAUGAGGAACGCAGUGAUACUUCGUCGCAAUACAGCAAAUCAUCUUCUUUGACAAACUGCACGGAAAGUCAGCAGAUUACCGCAUUGGAACAACAACUUGGCGUACUUACUGAUCGCUGCGCCUUGCUCGAGACGCGCGUGGCUGAGCUCAGCCUGCAAAAUCGCCAACUGGUGCGACGUCUUACAUUGCAGUUUAACGCUACCGGAAUCGAUCCGACAUCAUCGUUUCUGGCCAACUUUCUUAUUACCAUUCCACAAGUUAAACUUAUUAAACCUCAACGAUCUAGCGCAUACUACACCUACGAAAUAAACAUCACAAUGCGGCAGCGUUUGGAGCAUUGGACUCUGUUCAGACGCUAUCGCGAGUUCUACAAGUUACACAAAUCAUUGCUGCGCACGCAUCCCAGCAUCGCAGCCAUUGAAUUUCCGAGGAAGAAACAUUUUGGCAAUAUGAAUCUCGUUUUUGUGGAGGAACGUCGACAGCAGUUACAAAUCUAUUUAUUGAAUCUACUGGAAACUUUACCUCUAGUCGAAGCAUGCAAAUCAAAAGAAGAUUUGCAAAAAGUCUUUCCGUUUUUCAGAGAGACUUUUCGGUAAUGCUAUAACAAUAAUUCGACUCGAUAUUAAUCGUAUUUACUUUGGUGGUUUUUGUUGAUACAUAUAUAAACAUUAAGUUUGACUUGUAUUAUAUGUCUUAAUUAUUAAGAUAAGAGCUUUAUAAAAAUGAUAUUAAAGGUA